AUGGCUUACGUAUGCGUCCCUUGCGGUCGCUACUUCAGCAGCCAGCAAGCUCUCCAGCAGCAUCUGGACUCUCCAGCUCACGAGUUCGACUGCGACGACUGUGACAGGUCCUUCAAGAGCCAGCACGCUCUUCAACAACACCUGGACUCUCCAGCACACUGCUACAACUGCGGCGAGUGUGGUAGAAGCUUCAAGAGCCAGCAUGCUCUCCAACAGCACUUGGACUCAUCGGCUCACAUACCCAAGGAUAUCAACAACUAUGUAGGCAUUCCCCGUGCCGAGGUCAACCCCGUCUUUGUGACUGCAUGUCGUCUGCGUUUCACGCGACCCACUGCGAACAGUCUUUCAAAGCAGGUAAAAACCAAUCUCGAAGAAGUAUAA